CAAUCCUACCCACCUGUAAAACGCCACAGGGACUGUUUGUCAUUCUAUGAUAAGACUUAAUUACUUUUCAACUCGGAGACGUUUGAGUCUGAGAAUUGCUUUCUUCGAGAGGAUAAAAAACGAAUAUCGACAAUGGUUUGCGGAGGAUUUGUUUGCACGAAGAAUUCCCUAUGCGCUCUGAACAUACUUUAUGUUAUGGUGAGCUUGCUGCUGAUUGGAGUAGCUGCUUGGGGGAAAUGGUUUGGCCUGGUCUCCAGUUUUCGGGUGGUGGCUGGAAUCAUUGGUGUGGGCAUCUUCCUGUUAUUUGUGGCCUUCGUGGGCCUCUGUGGUGCCCUGAAGCACCACCAGGUCCUGCUGUUCUUUUACAUGAUUAUCCUGUUCCUGGUGUUCAUGGUUCAGCUGUCAGUGUCUGCUGCAUGUCUGGCUAUCAAUAAAGAGCAGCAGAAAGAACUCCUAGAGGUAGGCUGGAACAAGUCCGAGGCCACUCAGAAGGAUGUGGAGAAAACUCUAAACUGCUGUGGCUUCUUCCAUCCGAACUAUAAUGGCACCUGUGACGCGGACUGUUUCUCCAAACCAUUAUCCUGCAACCCCUGUGGUCCAAUCAUCCAAAGUCAUGCUGAGGAGGUUUUACGCUUUGUGGGUGGGAUUGGAUGCUUCUUCAGCUUCACAGAGAUCCUGGGAGUGUGGCUAACUCACAGAUACAGAAAUCAGAAGGAUUCCCGUCCAAACUCUGGUGCAUUUCUAUAACUAGCUUGUUCAUAAACUCAAAUUUGCACUGUCAUGCAUUUGUAUUUAGAUCCUGUGUGACUUUUAUCUUACGAUUAUUGUAUGUUUCCUAUUUGGAUAUUUUCAUUGCUGUGAUAAAUAUAACUAUGCGUUGAUAUAUCUAAUA